AUGUCUUCCCAUCGACCGGAGCCUCUGUCGCCAACACUAAGCGCGACAUCAAGCACAGUCUCAAGCACAGCCUCAAGCACAGCCUCAAGCACAGCCUCAAGCACAGCCUCAAGCACCAGAACCGUGAUGGAUAGCCAUCCCAACCCCAAAUCGCUCAUCAAUCUCGGCAAGCAGCUGAAAUACCUCUCUAUCGGUUUCGUCCUUACUUGCUACUUUCAAGUAUUGCCACACCUUUCGGAUGCACUCUCGCUGGGAGUAUGGAGCACACUUUCUGCGAAACUAGCUCUUCUCUCAAUACUGCUACUGUUGGGGACGGUGGUAUUCUUCACCUACAUCAUCCUACUCCCAGCACGAGGGCACAACAUCAACUACCUGGACUGGAGAGGAGACCAUCAUCUCGGCACAGCAAUCCCCCUCCUCACGGCGUGUAUUAUAUUCGGAUGGACAACGCUCCUCUUGACCCUUUCCCCCAUCGGCGCUCCUGCUCCACCACCGACUACGAUUCGACAACGUCUAGCUCAAGCAGCAUCUUUUACCGGCCUCGACUCACUUGAAUCGAGAAUCCAGUCUUUGCCCAACUCGUAUCUCUCCCCCACCACCACCACCACCACCUCGAAGCUUUCUAAUGUUCUGGGAAAGAGUAACGAUUGGGAUAAGAUCGCAUCUUAUCUCAGCUUACCCAAUAAGAGUCCUUUAAGAGACUACUUUGUACAGUUGAGCCAAAGAGAAGACGAUUGGGCUGCAAAGAAUAUUAAAGUGAUCGGUUGGAUAGGUGCCUUGUUGGGUAGUAUCGGCGCUUAUUUCUUCGUCUUUGGUGCAGUCGGCUUGAUAGGGUUUCUUGCGCCAGAUAGGAGCAAGGAAAAGCGUAAUAAGCAGUUCUAA